AUGUUCGUAAAAUGGCAAUUUCUGGUCCUCGGGGCCAUUCCGAUGAUUCCGGCAUACCCUUCUGGUGCUGCUUAUAAAGGCGGGUUUGAAUGGGACUCGACGAAAUACUUAAUCGCCUUCGGUGACUCGUAUACAUAUGUUCAAGGGACAGACGGGCUACAGAACUAUAGUUUCAUCGGGGAUUUACAGAACUUUGCAUAUGACCCACACACAUUGCUGACUGACAAGAUUGUCCAGAACCAGACUGCCACUGCAGAGGGCGGUCCCAAUUGGGUGGAAUACCUGACGGGUUGCGGUCUCGAGAAGGGACUCACCUCACCCUUCGACUGCGACCAACAGCUAUGGGACUUCGCCUUUGCAGGAUCAGACAUCUCAGUUGAAUACACCCCUCUCCACCACAACUUCACCGUCUCGCUCGUCAACCAAGUCAAGCAAUUCAACACCUACGCGCAACCCGUGCUGAAGAAGACCGUAGACCAGUCACACGCACUAGUAGCCAUCUGGAUCGGCAUCAACGACAUCGGCGACAGUUCGAAAUACGAUGUCGACUUCCCGACCUUCUACAACGAGCUCAUGAAUACGCUCUUUUCCUCCGUCCAGACUAUCUACUCCCAGGGAUACCGUUCCUAUCUCUUCAUGAACCUUCCCCCGCUAGACCGCAGGCCAGGAAACCUAGGUAGCGCUGAUCCCAGUCCCAACGCAACACAAAUCACCUGGUACAAUGAUGCAUUGGCUCGGCAUGCCAGUGCGUUCCAUGAUCGCUACGCCGACACCAAUGUGAUGUUGUUCGACGCGCAUAGCGAACUCAGCUAUAUUCUGGAUAACCCGGGUGAGUUCGGCAUUGUGAAUAUCACGAACUUCUGUGCGGGAUAUGAUCAGCCGGAUAUCGCGUGGAAUUAUCAGGCGUAUGGAUGUCCUACGCCGUUGGAUACUUAUUUCUGGUAUAAUUCGGGGCAUAUGACGAGCCAUGUUCAUGAGAUCUUGGCUGGUGCUGUGGAGAGGAAGUUGGAGGAGUGGUCGGAUUGA